CUAGGCCCCUAUAGGGGAUUUUGUUAUCCAAUUACUGCAACCUGACUUUUGAGGGGAGAGGAAGAGUGGUAGGGGGAGGGAGAGAGAGGGGAAGAGUUUCCAAACUUGUCUCCAGUGACACGAGACAUUAACGCGCUACAAGAUAAAACUGCCACUUAGAGCCCAGGAGAGCUAAACCUUCCCGGGUUGGCCUGGGGGCUUGAGCAGAGUCAUGGGUUCUCUGGCCCUGCAACUGUGUGCUCUCGUCUGCCUGGUGGUUCACUCAGUUUCUGGCAGCCCCAUCAUGAGUCUGGAGCAGUCGCCUCUGGAAGAAGAUAUGCCCCUCUUCGAUGAUGUCUUCUCAGAGCAAGAUGGUGUCGACUUUAACACAUUGCUGCAGAGCAUGAAGAAUGAAUUCCUCAAGACACUGAACCUCUCCGACAUCCCUUCGCAGGAUUCAGCCAAGGUUGACCCACCAGAGUACAUGCUGGAGCUCUACAACAAGUUUGCAACAGAUCGGACCUCCAUGCCAUCUGCCAACAUCAUUAGGAGCUUCAAAAAUGAAGAUCUGUUUUCCCAGCCAGCCAGUUUUAAUGGGCUCCGAAAAUACCCUCUCCUCUUCAAUGUGUCCAUUCCUCACCAUGAAGAGGUUAUCAUGGCUGAACUGAGGUUGUACACGCUGGUGCAAAGAGAUCGCAUGAUCUAUGAUGGAGUAGACCGAAAAAUUACCAUUUUUGAGGUACUAGAGAGCAGAGGGGACAGUGAGGGUGAAAGAAGCAUGCUGGUCUUGGUGUCAGGGGAGAUCUAUGGAACCAACAGUGAGUGGGAGACUUUCGAUGUCACUGAGGCCAUUAGACGUUGGCAAAAGUCAGGUUCAUCCACCCACCAGCUGGAGGUCCACAUUGAGAGUAGACACGACGGAGUUGAUGAUGCUGGCAGGGGACAACUGGAAAUAGACACCAGUGCCAGGAAUAAGCAUGUCCCUUUGCUUGUCGUGUUUUCUGAUGACCAAAGCAGCGAGAAGGAGCGGACAGAAGAACUGAAUGAAAUGAUCGCCCAUGAGCAACUUCUGGAGUUUGACAACUUGGGCAUGGACAGUUAUUCCAGCGGACCCGGAGAAGAAGCUUUGCUGCAAAUGAGGUCAAACAUCAUCUAUGACUCCACUGCCCGCAUCAGAAGGAAUGCUAAAGGAAACUACUGCAAGAGGACCCCGCUCUACAUCGAUUUCAAGGAGAUUGGCUGGGACUCUUGGAUCAUCGCCCCACCUGGAUAUGAAGCCUACGAAUGCCGUGGGGUUUGCAACUACCCCCUUGCAGAGCAUCUCACACCCACAAAGCAUGCGAUUAUCCAGGCCCUGGUCCACCUCAAGAAUUCCCAAAAGGCUUCCAAAGCCUGCUGUGUGCCCACCAAGCUAGAGCCCAUCUCCAUCCUCUACUUAGACAAAGGCGUGGUCACCUACAAGUUCAAAUAUGAAGGCAUGGCAGUCUCUGAAUGUGGCUGUAGAUAGAAGAGGAGUCCUGUGCUAAUUUAAUAACUGUAAAUGUGUAUAUUUUGUGUUCCUAUUUAAUGAGAUUAUUUAAUAAGAGUGUACAGAUGAUAGAGGCUUGCUGCCUUAGGGAAAUGGGCAGGUCAGUUUGUUGUAGGAAAUGCAUGUUUUGCUAAUACAAUAUCAUCCCUUCCAAUAUGUUUUUCUUUGGACUUGCCAUUUCUUGUCAAUGCCAUUUCCAAUAGCAAGUGGCAAGCCACACUAAUUGUCCUCUAUGUCAAUUUGAAAACAACAGGCCCUAAGCAGAAAUAGAGUGUCAGUGAUAGAUACUCGUGUAUGUAUAUGUGUACAGAGAUAAACUUACAAAAUUCUCCUGGUUCUAUAGAGGUAGAUUAUACUCACACAUAUGCAUGACUCAAUCAAAUGUGUAUAUAUUAAAAACUGAUGGUAUAUUCUCAGUCAACUCUUCUCUGAGUAGGAUUUAUGUCAAGAUAAUUUGCACCAGGAAUUUGACCAUCCUAUGAAGUAUGACAUUUCCUAAAUACUAUUGGAAAUGUAGGUGUAGCUUUUUUUUUUUUAACUUUUUUAAAGUUUAUUUAUUUAUUUUGAGAGUGAUAGAGACAGUGUGAGUAAGGGAGGGGCAGAGAGAGAUAGAGGGAGAGAGAGAGAGAAAGAGAAUCCCAAGUAGGCUCUGCAUGAUCAGCACACAGCCCGAUGUGGGGCUCGAACUCACAAAACUGUGAGAUUAUGACCUAAGCUGAAACCAAGAGUCGGAGGCUUAACUGACUGAACCACCCAGGCGCCCGGAAAUGUAGAUUAGCUUUUAUCAGUUGAGUUUGUGCCAUUGCUCAGGGCAACAGGACCAGGUAAAGGGUGCUGCCUGUUUAAGGAGAGGGGUUAUCUGAUACAGAAAUCAAAGGGCUUCAAGAGGCAGUGGCCUUAAGCUACAUUACCAAAGAAUGAGUCCCUGGAACACCACUGCGCUCUAGAGGGCAGCGCCUGGUCAAGAAAAAAAAAAGAAAGAAAAAACAAAGAGGGAACUUCAGGAUGUUCCUGAGAUAACAGGACAGCAAGGCCAUGUGUGUUGGCCUUUACUGCUGCAGAGGGUAGA